AUGCAAAACACACGCAUGAUGACAACGAUAAGAUCAUCCUCUUCUUCCAAUCCAUCCGAAAGCAACCAUGUCUUGAUGAAUACUCAAAAUUCAAAAACCACCAUUACUAUGGAAAACCCCAAUCUUCAUGACACCAAGUGUUGUCCAUCUAUGCCAAGUACCUCCGGUCAUUCCAACAGCAAUGCUACCACUGUAGAUUCUUUUCUUCAUCCAUCAUCAAAUACACUCUCCUCUAACACCACCACUACCACGAAUAUCAUUGAAAUGAGUACAAACACACCAUCAACCUCUUCGGAAUUAUCCUCUUGGACGAACUCUUCCCAUAAUAAUCACUACUCGAUCAAUUUUUUCAAUCUUCCUCUCAAGAAUUCAUCGAUACCAAAAGUUUGGCACACACCUCUUCAAUGGCAAGCCUCCAUCAUAUUAUUUACAGUUUACACAGGUUACUUACUGCAAACUAUUUAUACCUUUAAAAAACAAGAAGAUAAAGAGAGCACCUUUUGGGUCUUUAUAACAGGCGUGCUCACCAUACUCGUGAAUAGUGGAAGGCUCAUUCGUAUGGAAAAAGCAGAAAAUACAUUGGAAUCUAAGGUUAUCAUUUUGUUUAAUAUUUUGAGCUUUUCCAUUCGAUUUUAUGUUUUGAAAACGAAUCGUGGAAUACUUUUAUCGAAUGCUUUGGCAACCAUUGCUGUAAUGAGUAAGAACACUGCUCAUUCAAAGGCUGAAGGACCUUUUUGGGCUACUUUUCCUGUGGCAGCGAUUUCGCUACAUUAUGUACUGUUAGCUCUCUAUGAAAUCGUAACAAUUGAAACGAACCAUUUGGACAUGAUUUUGGAUAUCCUAUUUGAACACGUACCUUCUGUUUUUACAGUCAUUAUUUUUGGAACAUUUAUUAUAUUUGGAAAUGUUCAACUCUCGAGUGAAUGUGACCAAUUACAAGAGACUACAGAAAAAUUGAAAACAGCUCUUGAUGCUAAAACCAAGUUUGUGAGCCAUUUGAGUCACGAAUUUAGAACACCCACUCUAUCCAGUCUUGGCUCUAUUGAACUCAUAAAAGAAACUAAUUUAACAAAAGAACAACGAGAAUUAAUUGAUACUAUCGAAUCUGCAGAAAGUAUACUACUAACAUUGAUUGAAGAUAUUUUACUAUUUGUCAAGACUGAGCAUGAGAGUAAAAAUGAAGACAAUCAUACUUCGACUGACAUCACUACUUACACUCAAGUUUUUAAUUUAGAAAAGUGUAUUGAGAGUGUGCGAGAAAUUAUUUCAAGUUAUGCGAGUAAAUUUCAUGUGGAUGUAAAAACAGUGAUUAAUGUGAAAGAUCCUUCUUCGCUGAUGGUAAAAAUGAAUCAAGCAAGAAUGAGUCAAAUUUUAGUGAAUUUAUUAACCAAUGCUGUUAAGGCCUCACAUGGGAACAGUUCUGUUGAGCUUCAUUGCAACAUCAUUCCAUGUCCACUCAACAUUAAUCGUUCGUCCAAUCAUCAAACUCUUGAAAAAACAUGGUUUGAAUUUAAAGUUGUUGAUUAUGGUGUUGGAAUACCGAAAGAUAAACAACAAUAUAUUUUCCAACCGUUUGGACAAUUACACAACUUGAAUGAAAGUAUAUUUCCAGGGAGUGGCCUUGGUUUGAGUACGAUUAAGAAUAUUGUGAAAUCUAUGGGAGGUCAAAUUGAAUUAUUUUCAAAGGAGAAUGAAGGAAGCACAUUUAUUGUGAAAAUACCAAUUCAAAUUUGUGAACAUUCAUCUCUGCAGCAUUACUCAACGCUUCACGAAGAAGACAUGACCAUCAAGAAAAUUGAUAUUCAAAGUAACUAUUUGGACCAAUUCCAAAGAGCUCAAAAUUAUACAAGAACAACAGAACUCACACAACAGGAUACAAUUCUCACAGAAAGCAAUAUCAUUCUUGCUGAAGAUAAUGCCAUCAAUAGAAAAGUAAUUUCAAAGAUGAUGCAAAGCUUGGGAUUCAACGUUGAUGUUGUGAGCGAUGGAAAGGAAUUGAUAGAGAAAAUUAAUCCACAACGACACAAACUGGUGAUUACAGAUAUGCACAUGCCAAAUUUGAACGGAUUGGAAGCUGCGAUGCUUAUUAAACAAAAAUAUAAGGAUAUUAAGAUUAUCAUGCUCACAGCAGAUGCCUUAACAAAUGAAGCUCAAUAUGCUGCUGUUGUAGAUGCUGUUAUUUGUAAACCUUGUAAAAGAUCGGAUUUGAAACACAAUAUUGAAAGUUUUUUGAACAAAGUCAUAAAGUAA